AUGGUAGAAAAACCAGCAGUAGUACAAUCAACCAUAGCUAAAGAAGUGCGCGAAGAACAACGAGAAGAAGCUCAGAAUUUAGAUAUCAUCCCUAAAGGAACGGCUCCAGACCAGGACCAAGGGUGGAAAAUAAUUCAACGAUUUCUUGAUGAUGAAAAUUUUCGAUUAUUACCAGUAUUUUUCCGUGUUGAAGGUGAAAGAAGUGGCUUAGGAAAAGGCUCUGGCUCUGGUCCAUAUCUAAGUCGUACUACUAAAGAAGAAGACAUUUCUUUGCGUAUUGGUAUUGAUAAAUCAUUUGAAGAUGCUGGUUUAAUUUUUCUGAAGACAAAUUUAAUUAAAUUAACAAAAAUAAAUUUCAAAAAUGAACUGGCCAUCAUGUCCCUUGCAUUCGAAUCACCAUCAUUAGAUAUUAUGAUUAAUAUGGAAACUUUACUCUUUAGUUUUUUACCACCGAUAAAAAAAGCCGAUGAAUGGAAUAAAUUAAGUGUGCUUAUUGAAAAUUCUGAUCGCCUUCGAGCAAAUCUAUUAUAUCAAAUUGAGCAGAAUGCUGCUCUUUUUCGAAAUAUUCAUGAAAGUAUAACAACAGCUAUUCAUUUACAAAAGGUUCCAAAUCGGCUGAGACACGACACAAAAGAAGUAAUUAGUGCCAAUUCAUUAAUACGUUUUGCACAAGAUACUGAUUUAGUUCAACAAUCUGAUGAAGUAAUUAAUGAAUGGAUAACUGAAAUUCGCACAUUUCAUCGAAAAAGUACACGUAUUCGUCAAAUACAAGAAAAUUCUGGACCGUUGAAUGAAAUGAUGUAUUGGCGUACACAAGUUCUUCAAUUAAACGAGAUAAUGAAUCAGUUACGACUUCCAAGAAAUCGUGCUGUUAUUUACCUAUUAAAUAUAGCUGCUAGUUCACGUUCAAUUGAAUGGCGAUCGAUCGAUCAAAAAUUAACACAAAGUAUCAAUGAAGUACGAGAUCACUAUAAAUUUUUAACAAUAGUCGCAAAACAUGUUGGAGCAUUGUAUCGAAACGAUCCCCUCGAAAUGCUUGAUAGUAUCAAUCCAUUAUUAUCAACAAUAACGCUUAUUAAUUCUUGCAGUGAAUUUUAUUCAAAACCAGAAAAAAUUGCUGCCUUACUUGUUGCAUUAACAAAUCAAAUUGUUAUAAGUUGUAAAAAUUAUAUGAGUGAUAAUCAUACCAUUGAUAUUCGAACAUUAUCCACUCAAGAACUAUUGAAACGUAUUGAUAAUGUUAAUCAAUUUUAUUUAACAUUCAAAGAUGCAUUUUUAAAAGCAAAACAAAAAAUUGAAGAAAGAUAUUCAGAAAAAAAUUAUGAUCAUCUAUCAGAACGACAUGUUUUAGGAAAAUUAGAAAUUCUUAGUAAUAGGUUAAUAAAGCUUCGUAGUAUUAUUGAAGAAUUUGAAAUUUAUUCAUCCCUUCAUAUAGCUAAAAUUGAUGGACUCGAACAAGUGAUACAUUUAUUUACCAAUUUAAAUGCUGAAUUUUAUGUUCUUAAAUGUGAUCUAUUAGAUCCAAAUGAUUUGAAGUUUGAUGAUUAUUAUAAUGGGUUAGCCAAAGCUCUAUUCGAUAUUGAUAUAAGAACACAAUUUUUACAAAAACUCUAUGAUCUACUCGAUAAAGAUCUACAUCGUAUAUUACAUUCGUUAUCACAUAAUUCAAUCAAUAGUUUGAAAUUGUUAGAACGUUAUGAAAAUUUGCGUAUACCAUUUUUUGAUCCAGUUGAAUUUUCAACGGAUAUCGUCAAUUGGUAUAAAAAAGAAGAACUUGACGUAAGAGGGUUUUUGAAUUGUCGUAUUAUUUGGGCGAGACACAUGUACAAACGUAUUCAAACUCCUUAUGUUGAAUUUAUAAAACGUUCAGAAUUAAAAGAUCAUAUUAUUAUGAAAAAUAUUACAAAUGAUUUUAUAACGAUAUCUAACGCCUUUGCCUUGUAUGAAUUAUUAUAUCAUCGACACUGGUAUCACAUAUUGUCCAAUGUUGUAAAUGUCAUGUGUUAUCCAUUGUUACUACGGCAAACAGCUAUUCGACAACUAUAUAUCAAUUAUGAUCCAUUUAUUGAUGUUAUUGAACGUGAAUGUGAAUUAUUAGCUCGACAUUUGAUAAUAAUGCCAGAUUUAGGCUACAAAAUGUUAUUGGAUCGAACAAGAUUAAGAUUAAACUAUGAAAGAUUAAAAAAAUUAUUGAAAAAUUUAAAUUUAAUGUUAGCUAAAGCACAUCCAGCUAGUUAUGAAUUAGUUGAUAAAACAAUGAUACAAGUUGAUAAUACAUUAUCUAUUGGUCUAACACGUUUAAAUUGGUUAUCGGAAAAUAUUGAAGAAUUAUUUACACCCGCUGAAGAAGCCAUAUCUGUUAUGACACAUUUUCUAAAUCAAAUAACAAGUUUAAUAACAUAUCGAAUUGAAGAGCCACUCGCUGAAGUUGAACAUUUUGAAAUUAUUGAAUUAUCCGAUGAUCCAAUUGAUUUAAAACAAUUUAUUAAUGAUGUGAAAAAACAAAUUAUUAGUAAAGCGGAAAAGUUAAAUUUAUUAUCGAUGCAAAUUGAAAGUGCUGUAUUAUAUGUAAUUAAAAUGUUUUUUGAUAAAAUGGGAUUUAAAUUAAAAACAUUUGAAAGACGAAUUGGAGAUAUAGAUUUAAUGCAAUUGACUGCUAUGCAACGUUUAACAAUUCAAAUGUUUGUGCAUGAUCGAAUGAAAGCGGAACGAAAACAAGGUAGUGGAAGAAAUGUCACACAAUUUAUGUUACGAUCAUCGAAUGAUUGGGAAAGAUUUAAUGAAAUAUGUAAUGAAUUUUUAAGUUCAUUUGAAACAAGAUUUAUUGAUGCAUUAAGUAAUUGUGCAAAAAGUACAUUUGAAGCCAUAAAAAAUCGAGUUAAUCCUGUAUUAAUUCAGAUUAAACCACGUACGAAAAAACUUCGCCUUUAUCCACCAAAUACUGUUGAUGCCAAUGCGCCGUUAAAUAUUGAAAUAAAGAAACUACCAUUUAUUUUAACAAAUAUUCAAUUGAAACUAACAUUACUGAAUCCUAUCAUUUUAAAUCCAACAAUUGAUGAUGUUCAACAAUUAAUGCAUGAAUUAGUCAAUUAUGUAUUGAACAUAUUUCGUGGUAUCAGAAAGUGGGGCGAAGUUCGUGAUGUUGAUUAUUCACAAAUCCAUACAUUUCCGAUGAGAGAUUUUUCUGAAUUAUUAUCCGGUCAAACCGACGUUGAAUUCAAAUCUUAUGAACAUAAUGAUACAACAGGUCAAGUUCGUGGCUCGUUAGCUAAAACCUAUUAUAAAAUAAUUUCUGACAAUAAAGAAUUGGUUAAACUUUAUUCGAAUAUUGGUCAUUGGUUUAGUGAAAAUAAUCAAAGAUAUGAAAAUGAACUAGUUGAAUAUGGUAUCUUUAAACAUUUAUGGGAAACAAAUAAGAAUGAAGAAGCAAAACAAUUUGUUUCAAAAGAUCCAGGUUUUGCUGCUAUUCGUUCGAUGUUUGCUGAUUUUGAUGAGCUACGAGAAAUGGUUAAAAAAAUUUCAGACACAAAAGAUGUUGAACCAUUUCGAUAUCAAACACUAAAACUCAAAGAAGAAUUACUUGAACACAUACGUAGUCUUGAGUUAACAUUUGCGAAAUAUAUUCGAAAUCAUUAUCGUUCAAAAUUUUUACGUAUUCAUGAUUAUUUGAAAAAAACUGAACCAAGAUUAAAUCGUCCCCUACGUGAUUUGGAUGAUGUUCGAUUUGUUAUUGGCGCAUUAGAUUCUCUAAAAGAAACGUUUGUUAAUAUUGAUCAUACCAUCGAUCCACUUGAGGAAAUAUAUGGUCUAUUCAAGAAAUAUUCGAUUGAUAUACCAGCAGAAGAACAAACAAAUAUUGAACUCUUACGUGGUGUUCAUGAACGUUUACUUAAACGUUCAAAAACUGUUACUCAUGAUUUAGUUGACGCACAAAAUACUCUACAACACCGUCUUCUACGCGAUAUUGAUGAGUUUACAAAAAAUGUAAAAGAAUUUGUUGCUGAUUAUGAAGCAAAUGGUCCAAUGAUUGAAGGAAUAUCUGCACAAGAAGCGAGUGAUAGAUUGUCUUUAUUCGAAAGUCGAUUUAAUGAUUUGUGGAAACGUUAUGAAACAUAUUCUUCAGGAGAAUUACUGUUUGGUUUGUCUGAACGAGAAUAUCCUCAACUACAAACAACUAGAAAACAAUUAAAUUACUUGAAACGUUUAUAUGGUUUAUAUGAUAAUGUAUCAUCGACUAUGGAUACGUACAAUGAAACACUAUGGAAAGAAGUGAAUAUAGAUAAAAUCAUUAGUGAUAUACAAGAUUUUCAAGGAAGAAUGAAAAAAUUACCAAAAGGCUUAAAGAGUUGGCUAGCCUAUAGUGAAUUAAAAAAUAAAUUAGAUAAUUUCAAUGAAUGUUUACCAUUAUUAGAAUAUUUAAAUAAUCCGGCAAUGCAAUCUCGACAUUGGGAAAAAAUAGAAAAAGUUGCCAAAGUACAAAUACCAUAUGUAGAACCGACAAUAUUUGCAUUGAAACAUGUUAUGACCAUACCGCUCGUAAAAUUACGUGACGAAGUUGAAGAUAUUAGUAUAACAGCACAAAAAGAACGUGAAAUCGAAUCGAAAUUAAUCGCCAUUGAACAAGAAUGGAGAUUACGGGAGUUCAAAUUUGCAAAUUUUAAAAAUCGAGGAGAACUAUUGUUACGUGGUCAAGAAACAGCUGAAAUAUUAUCAGCUAUUGAUGAUUCAAAUCUAAUAUUGGCCGCAUUAUCAUCAAAUCGUUAUAAUAAAUUUUUUAAAACUCAAAUUCAAAAGUAUAUUAGUGAUUUGGCAAUAUCAUCUGAAAUUUUAACUAAAUGGAUGCAAGUACAAAAUUUAUGGAUAUAUCUUGAAGCUGUUUUCGUUGGUGGUGAUAUUGCCAAACAAAUGCCUCAAGAAGCUCGUCGAUUCGCAAAUGUGGAUAAAACAUGGAUUAAACUUAUAUCAAAAGCAAAAGAAAAUUCAAAUGUUUUAUUAUGUUGUACAUCUGAUGAAACAUUAUUACCACUAUUAAAUAAUAUGUUGGAACAAUUAGAAUUAUGUCAAAAGAGUUUAGCAGGCUAUUUGGAAACAAAACGUGGUGUUUUUCCACGAUUUUAUUUUCUUAGUGAUCCGGUGAUGUUAGAAAUUCUAGGUCAAGCAAGUGAUCCAUCAAAAAUUCAAUCAUAUUUAAGUUCAUUUACAGAAGCGAUUAAAAAUGUUGAAUUUCAUGUUAAAGAAACAGAUCGUAUAUUAUCAAUGAUAACAAGAGAUGAUGAAAAAAUUCCAUUUUAUAAAGAUGUUAUGGCUAAAGGUCAAACAGAGGAGUGGCUCAAUGAUUUUUUACGUACUCAUCAGAAAACGAUUCAUCAAUGUAUUCGAAAAAGUGUUGAAAAAAUGAGCUAUGAUGAUUUUGAUUUAUAUAAAUUUAUUGAUCAAGAAAUUGCACAAUUAGGUUUAUUAUUAAUUCAAAUAAUAUGGACAAAACGUUCGGAAAAAGCACUACAAGAAACUAUCAUUAAUAAAACGAUAAUGAAUGAAACAAAUAAAUAUUUUCUCGAAAUAUUAAAUAAAUUUAUUAGAAAAACAACAUCUGAUUUGACCAAAUAUCAACGGGCAAAAUAUGAAACAUUGAUUACAAUUCAUCUACAUCAACGAGAUAUUUUUAUCGAUUUAUACACAAGUGGCAUCCAAUCCGAUUUCGAUUUCGAUUGGUUAAAACAAUGUCGAUUCUAUUUUCGCGAUGAUGAUGACGAAAUGUUAAUUAAAAUAACAGAUGUUACAUUUGUUUAUGAUAAUGAAGCAUUGGGAUGUCCCGAACGACUUGUAAUCACUCCAUUAACGGAUAGAUGUUAUAUUUCAAUUGCACAAGCAUUAGGAAUGUGUUAUGGUGCAUCUCCUGCCGGUCCAGCGGGAACUGGAAAAACAGAAACGACAAAAGAUAUGGCUAGAACAUUAGGCAAAUAUUGUGUUGUUCAGAAUUGUUCUGAUCAAUUUGACUAUCGUGGAUUAGGAAAAACGUUUAAAGGUCUAGCAAUUUCUGGUAGUUGGGGCUGUUUUGAUGAAUUUAAUCGAAUUAAUUUGCCUGUAUUAAGUGUAGCGGCUCAACAAAUUCAAUGUCUACUACAAGCAAAAUGUGAACAUCGAAAAACUUUUAUAUUUACUGAUGGUGAUAAAAUUAAUCUUAAUCCAACAUUUGCAAUUAUUAUUACGAUGAAUCCUGGAUACGCUGGCAGACAAGAACUACCAGAAAAUUUGAAAAUAAACUUUAGAAGCGUUGCCAUGAUGGUACCCGAUAGACAAAUUAUCAUGCGUGUAAAACUGGCUAGUAGUGGUUUUCUUGAGAAUACAAUUUUAGCACAAAAAUUUUAUGUACUUUAUAAAUGUUGUGAAAAUCAGUUAAGUAAACAGGUUCACUAUGAAUUUGGUCUUCGUAAUGCAACAGCUGUAUUACGAACAUUAGGAACGGUAAAACGUGCUCGUCCCAAAGAUCCAGAGGACACCACUGUUAUGCGCGUUCUACGUGAUAUGAAUUUAUCAAAAUUAAUUGAUGAAGAUGAACCAUUGUUUAUGUCAUUACUUGAUGAUUUAUUUCCGGAUAUUAAACUUGAUAAAGAAAAGUAUGAAGAUUUGCAAAAAUGUAUUGACAUAAAGGUGAAUGAAGAAGGUUUGAUAAAUUAUCCCGAUUGGAAUUUAAAAGUUAUUCAACUCUUUGAAACACAACGUGUUCGACAUGGAAUUAUGGUGUUGGGUCCAAGUGGAGCUGGCAAGACUAAAUGUCUGACGGUUCUAAUGGGUGCUCUAAGUAUGAUGGGUAUAAAUACUAAAGAUUGUAAAAUGAAUCCAAAAUCGAUAACAGCCUCACAAAUGUUUGGAAUUCUUGAUGUAGCGACAAAUGAUUGGACCGAUGGUAUAUUUUCAACUUUAUGGAGACGAACGUUAAAAGCGUAUGGGGUGACAUCAAAUACAGACGUUCAUGAAGCAUGGUGGAUUAUUUUGGAUGGACCUGUCGAUGCUAUUUGGAUUGAAAAUUUGAAUUCUGUUCUUGACGAUAAUAAAUUAUUAACAUUGGCCAAUGGUGAUCGUAUUUCAAUGGCUCCUAGUGUAAAACUUAUCUUCGAAGUACAUAACAUUGAUAAUGCAUCACCUGCUACUGUUUCACGAUGUGGUAUGAUAUUUAUGUCAUCAACUGUAUUACCAUGGAGACCAAUAUUUCAAGCGUGGGCAAAUAGACAAUUACCAGGAAUAAGAAUAUCAAUUACAACUAUAUUAGAAAAACAUUUUGAUGAAUGUUAUAAAUUGUUAAUAACAAAAUGUGUACCAAAAAUGCGUGUUUAUGAAUGUAAUUAUAUUAAACAGAUAAUCGAUUUAUUAGAGGGUUUAUUGAGUUCAGAGAUAGAUUUUUAUACGACCACAUAUUUAGAACGAUUAACAAUAUUUACGAUGAUGUGGAGUUUUGGUGCCUUGCUCGAGUUGAAUGAUCGUCAAAAAUUCGAACAAUAUUUUCAAGGAAAAAGUGCAACAGAUAUACCAAAAAAUAUUCCAUCUGGUGAUUCAAUGUUCGACUAUUAUGUUAACGAUGCUGGACAAUGGGAACAUUGGAUACAAAAAGUUGAAUCAUGGCAAUAUCCAAAGGAUGAAAAAAUUGAAUUUGCAUCCAUUUUGGUACCAAAUGUAGAUAAUGUUCGAACAACAUUUUUAAUCGAUAUACUCUCAAAACAGGCUGUAUUAUUGAUUGGUGAACCGGGUACGGCUAAAACUGUAAUUAUCACAAGUUAUUUGAAACACUAUGAUCCUGAACAACAUUUGACACGUAUAGUGAAUUUUUCAUCAAUAACAACGUGUGGCCAUAUUCAAAAGAUGAUUGAAAGUUUUGUUGAUAAACGCGUUGCUAAUACAUUUGGACCAUCUUUUGGACGAAAAAUGACAAUAUUUAUUGAUGACAUCAAUAUGCCACAUAUUAAUAGUUGGGGUGAUCAAGAAGCGAAUGAAAUAUUACGUCAAUUAAUGGAACAAAAAGGAUUUUAUAGCCUGGUGAAACCUGGUGAUUUUUUUAGUAUUGUCGAUUUACAAUUUCUAGCUGCCAUGAGCCAUCCAGAUGGUGGUCGGAACGAUAUAUCCGAACGAUUGAAACGUCACUUUUCUAUAUUUAAUUGUACACUACCAUCAAAUAAUGCUGUUGAUCAAAUAUUUGGUGCAAUAUCUAAAUAUUUUUGUAUGGAACGAAAUUUUCCUGAAUCGGUUAUAGUAACAGUUGAAAAGGCCAUAUUAGCAACGCGUCUAUUAUGGCAAUCAGUUAAAAUAAAACUGUUGCCAACGUGCGUACAAAAAAUGCCUUUUUUUCACAUAUAUCUGUCAUGUAUAUCUGAAUAUAUUGUUAGGCCUGCCAAAUUUCAUUAUGUAUUCAAUCUUCGAGAUUUAUCUCGAAUAUGGGAGGGUAUUUUACAAAUCGAACACGAACAGUGUCAAACAAUCGAGCAAUUUUUAUAUCUUUGGAAAUAUGAAUGUACUCGAGUUUUAGCGGAUCGUCUUGUAGUAAAUAUAGAACGUGAUUGGUUUAAUAAAGAAUUACAAAGAAUUGUAAAACAAACAUUUGGUGAGAAAUUAUUAACAGAAGACUUGUAUUUUGCUAAUUUUCUAAGAGAAGAAUUAGAAGUAACAGAUGAAAUGGUAGAAGAUAUUGAUUUAUCAGAAUUACAGUCAAAAAUUUAUGAACCAAUAUCUUCGUGGGAAGAAUUACAGAUAAAAUUGAUUGCAAAUCAGAAUAAGAUGAACGACGAGACACGUGGUCUCAAUAUGGAUUUAGUGUUUUUUAAAGAUGCAAUGAUACAUUUAUUACGAAUAUCACGAAUUAUAAAUAUGCCAAAAGGGCAUGCGUUGCUGGUUGGCGUUGGUGGGUCUGGAAAGCAAUCACUAACCAAACUGGCUGCUUAUAUUGCUGGUCGUCUUGGACAGGGCAUCGUAUUUAUAUUUACCGAUAAUGAUAUAAAAGAUGAUCAAUUUCUUGAAUAUUUGAAUAAUGUUUUAUCAUCUGGCGAGAUAUCGGGUUUAAUUACACGUGAAGAAAUGGAUGAAACGUUGAGUGAAUUAUCAAUUAAAAUGAAAAAAGAAUAUCCCAAACGACCAAUAACACAAGAAAAUUUACAAUUAUAUUAUAGUGAACGCUUGAGAAAAAAUCUUCAUAUUGUACUUUGUUUUUCACCGGAUAAUAAAAAAUUUCGUGAACGUGCAUUAAAAUUUCCUACACUAGUUUCUGGUUGUACCAUUGAUUGGUUUCACCGGUGGCCAUUAGAUGCUUUGGCAGCUGUAUCUUAUUCAUAUUUAAAUCGAUUUAAUAUAACAACGACGUCCAUAAUUAAAAAUUCUGUUAUUGAAUUAAUGGCUGAUAUUCAUGAUGAUGUGGGACGUAUAUACGACGCUUACUAUGAUAAAUUUCGCCGAAGAACCUACAUAACGUCUAAAUCAUUUUUAUCCUUCAUUAAUGCAUUUAAAAAAUAUUAUGAAAAACAACGUUCUUAUUUUGAAAAAGAAAAAGAAAAAAUGAAAACUGGUGUAUCGAAGUUAUACGAAGCCGCUAUUCAAGUUCAAGAAAUUACACAAGAAUUAAUUAUUAAAGAAAAAGAUGUUGCUACAGCUAAUACAGAAGCAUCAAAACAAGUAGCUGAAAUGGAAAUAUUGCGUCAAGAAGCUGAAAUCAAAAAAGAAGAAGUAGCUGAAUCAAAAGAACAAGCCACAAUUCUUGUACAACAAGUCAAUGAAGAAAAAGCGAUCGCACAAGAAGAAUUAUCGACAGCAGACAUUAUUCUUAAACAAGCCGAAGAAGCACUACGAUGUGAAGACAAGACAAUAUUUGUUGAUAUGGUGUUUAAAAUUCAAAUAAAAUCUUUAUUUAAUACAAUUGUGAAUUUAAAAAAUGACUAA